GACGUGCAGAAUGAGUUUGUUUGUGUUUGUCUGCUACACUGGAGGUGUGUCCUAUAUAAGACCUGAUCAGAUAAAUAAAAGGCAGAUUGUUGCAUUGACGCAGAUUUCUUUGAUUCUUCUACUGUACAUGUGAUUUGGGCCUCAGCACCUGUUUACAGUGUUAAAUAUGGCAUCAGUACUUCAAAAACUCAUCACACCUCUCUUCCGCGGUCCGGCUGAACCUCCGAGGAAUAAAGUGACUGUGGUCGGGGUUGGUCAGGUCGGCAUGGCGUGUGCCGUCAGCAUUCUCAUGCGGGAGCUGGUCGAUGAACUAGCGCUGGUGGAUGUCAUGGAAGAAAAACUCAAGGGUGAGAUGAUGGACCUGCAGCAUGGAAGUCUCUUCCUAAAGACGCCAAAGAUCGUUUCAGGAAAAGAUUACGCUGUGACCGCCAACUCUCGUAUCGUGGUGGUAACGGCCGGGGUUCGCCAGCAGGAGGGCGAGAGCCGACUGAAUCUGGUGCAGAGAAAUGUCAACAUCUUCAGACACAUCAUCCCUCAGAUUGUUAAAUACAGUCCGGACUGCAUCCUCAUCGUAGUUUCCAACCCAGUGGACAUUUUGACCUACGUGACCUGGAAGCUGAGCGGUCUUCCCAAGCACAGAGUCAUCGGCAGCGGAACCAACCUGGACUCGGCUCGCUUCCGCUACCUGAUGGCCGAGCGUUUGGGGAUUCACCCGAGCAGCUUCAACGGCUGGAUACUGGGAGAGCAUGGAGACACCAGCGUUCCUGUUUGGAGUGGCACUAAUGUGGCAGGUGUGAGUCUCCAGAAACUCAAUCCAGAAAUCGGCAAAGAUACUGACCGGGAGAGCUGGAAUAAAACUCACAAGAUGGUUGUGGACAGUGCCUACGAGGUGAUCCGACUGAAAGGUUACACUAACUGGGCCAUUGGUUUGAGCGUGGCGGACCUGACGGAGAGCCUGAUGAAGAACCUGAACCGGGUCCAUCCUGUUUGCACCAUGGUGAAGGGUAUGUAUGGGAUCAACAACGAGGUCUUUCUGAGCCUGCCGUGUGUGUUAAACAGCGCUGGAGUGGGCAGCGUGGUCAACAUGACGCUGAACGGUGAUGAAAUCUCUCAGUUGAAGAGCAGCGCAGAUACGCUCUGGACCAUCCAGAAAGAUCUGAAAGAUCUGUGAAGGCCAAUGGACGGCUGCACGUGUUAAGUGCGGCUAGGAGAUAAAAACCUUUAAAGGUCUUAGCAACAAAUUGGAUUCAGUAGUCUUAAUUUCAGAUGAUUUAGAUGUCUGGAAACACUCUUGUUUGUCAGAUUAGCACUUUAAGAGAAACCCAGUCGUGGUGUCUGAAAGUAUACUUAUGAAAUAUAGUAAAUAAUAUACAAUGCAAGUCAAAAGUUUGCACACAUUUGAAUGUUACUUUGGAGCCUAAACCUGUUGAUCAAAAUGUUUAUGCGUUAAUGCUUAAAAUGAGAUUUUUCAAUACAGCCAAAAAAGUAAACCACUUCAGAAGGGUUUAAAAAGCUGUAACUAUGAAGAAGAUUGACUUGAAUUGUUUCAUGAUUAAUAUUUAACACAUUUCAGAACAAUAAUAAUAUUAAGUUUGUCUAAACCUUUGACUAGUAUUGUUAAAGUGCAAUUAGUAAGCUUCAUGCUUAAAAUAUCUACUCAGUUGGUGUUUAAUAUUUGCAUUUUCAAAUGUGAUCUGUAUCAAAGUUUGACAACAGAUUGAUGGAAAGUCAAGAAUAUAAUUCAUUUAUUAAACAGGAUCUUUGUCUGUAAAAAUGUA